ACCACACCUGCUCUGCCUGAUAGGUUUGGAGUGAUUUUUUUUUUCUUCUAACUAAAGAUUAUUUGGAAUGUUGGACAGGAGUGUCAUAACUGGCACACUUUCAUCACGGGGUCAAAGGUGACUUUUUUGGCGUUAAUUUUGCCGUGUGUCUGUGAGUUUUUUGCACAAGAUUUCUGCAAUCAUUGACAAAAUCCUGAAAAGUGGGUUUCUGUGAUCUUGAAUUCAGAAAAAUGACAGAUGUUUAAUUCUGUCAUCAUUUUCGGAAGGAGGAAAAGCUUAAAAUGUCCAUUUUGAAGCUAUAUAAUGAUGGUCUGUCAAGAAUUUCACACUUGCAAUGAGUUAAAAGCAAAAGCAACCAAAGGCUAGUUUUACAAUUUGUCUAACUACCAACCAAAAGCUGUAGAAAGUUAAAAGAUUUGUAGCCAUUAAAUUAGUAUUUUGGCAAGACAUCAGACAAAUGUCAUCAAAUUAAGUGUUUAGGUAGAGGACUCUUAAUUGGAGUUUUGUUGGCAAAUUAUCUGUAUGUGACUUUUUUUUUUUUUUUUAGGAUGACAAUUUCAAAUUUUCUUAAUAUAUGUGGCAGAUUUACUUUCCUUUAUUACACAUGCACCACAAUAAACUUACAUUUUGAUCCAGUUGGUGAGCAGUUAAGCCAAAUUCAUUUAAACUGAAUGAAAUUGUUACAAAUGUAUGCUUUAUGUUUUUGCUUCAAAAUAUACCGUGCAUGUGCAUUGUGACUGGGAUAUAAGUGACACCUUGGUCUUUCUCUGCUCAUGCUGGAUUCUGGUUCAGGUAUUUCUCACCCUGUUGAGAAGCAGAGAUGGAGGACAAGAAGAACAAAAAAGACAGACUGGAUCCUGUCAGUGCCUGGGAACCUGAGGGAUCCCAGAGAGGCAGAGAGGAGACAGACAGGACAGGGAGAAGCAUCCAAGUGAUAAUGCUGUGAGAGAAACUGCUCAGGGAAAGCUAAAUCAGAUUGUUUUUGUCCUCAUCUGUAUCCAGAAAGCGUCCUGUGCAGGAUCUGGUCUUGUACCUGACUGUGCAGCACAAUGGGAGCGUCCAGGGACAAGACGUCGCUCCUCUCACGGCUGUUUGUGUUGAUGCUGUGUGUCGUCUCUUCUCUCUGCCAGGAAGAAUAUUCUGGAUACCACUCAGGUGAGGACCACACCUUUGACGAGUCGUCCUUAGUCGACCACUAUGACAACUUAGCCUCUCCGCAGCCUGAGUAUCCCCCUGAGCCAACUCACAAUUAUGAUAAAGACCAACUACUGGAGGAGGGAGACUACGACCCUUAUGGUCCUGCACCCACACAGGUUACCAUGAUCACCGAGGACACCUUUCCCUACGCCACCACCACUGAGUCCCACUACGCCAAGGAGGACACAGAGAUCAUGCAGGUGCCAUAUGGAGCCGACACUGACUCCUCAGAGGAGUCGGGGGGUGAUGCAGGGAUCAGGGAGGAGAGGCCAACAGAGUGUGAUUGUGAACCCGGUGAGCCUGGAUUCGCUGGGUUUGCAGGACCAAAGGGAUCCAGAGGCCUGCAGGGUAAAACUGGUGAACCAGGAAUUCAAGGCAGAGAAGGUUAUAAAGGAACCAAAGGAGUUCAGGGAAGAAGAGGAGACACUGGACCAGUAGGUGAUGCUGGGCUUGAGGGAGACGAAGGAGCUUCUGGUUUCUCAGGAGGGAUGGGAGAACCUGGACUUAUUGCAGACCGAGGUGAACGUGGACAGCUGGGUCUGAAGGGUGACCUCGGUAUGGAGGGACCCCGCGGAGGAGUCGGACCUGCUGGUGAGACUGGUCCACAUGGUGAGGCUGGGCCUACAGGUCCAAAAGGAGGUAAAGGUAUCAAGGGAUCUUUUGGCAAUGAAGGCAAACAGGGUCUUCAGGGACAAGAUGGACUAAAGGGUCAGAUAGGAGCGCCUGGGUUUCCCGGUGAUGUCGGUGAACAAGGCUACACUGGUUAUCCAGGACAGCCAGGAACCACCGGACCGAGUGGACCGAAGGGCACUAAAGGUCAAGGUGGCCUUCCAGGCAGUGACGGUGACCCAGGAAAAGAUGGGCCUAUAGGAGUCCCAGGGUUGAUGGGAGAGCCUGGACCAUUUGGUGCUAAGGGCAAUAAAGGGGAUCAUGGUGUCAGAGGACCUCGAGGCAGAGUGGGCGCUGCGGGAGGUCCAGGAGAGCAGGGAGAUGCUGGAGUACCAGGAAAACCAGGACCAAAGGGCCUCCAGGGCCAGACAGGUGCCAAAGGUGAGACAGGACCUGACGGUGGAAAGGGUGCAGGAGGAAAAAAAGGCAUUAAAGGGGAUAAAGGACAAAAGGGAAGCGGGGGUGAUCGCGGAGACAAAGGACAGCGAGGGCCAGAAGGUGCCGUUGGUCGUAAUGGUGCCCCUGGCCCUGUUGGACCACCCGGCAUCCCUGGGACCAGAGGGAACCGCGGCCCGAUUGGUGACCCUGGUGUUAAAGGCCGAGCCGGACCCAAAGGAGUUCAAGGUCCAUCUGGUCCUGGUCUGACUGAUGAGCAGGUCCUGCAGCUCUGCCAAGGUGUGGUCACAGCCCAGAUCUCCCAGUACGCCGCCUCAAUAAGAGCCAAGUGCUCUCAGGGCUGCCCAAUUAACAACCGGACACUAAUUGGGCCCCCGGGAGCUCGAGGACCACUCGGAUCACCAGGCAAAGCUGGUAAAGCAGGAAAAGCUGGGGCAAAAGGAGCCCGAGGUGUUCAAGGCGACAGAGGGCUGGAGGGACAGAAGGGAGCGCAGGGCGACAGAGGUAAGAAAGGACCUAAAGGUGUUGCAGGUGAUCCAGGCAAAGGUCUACCAGGACUUGAUGGACCUCAAGGACUCAGAGGUUUACCAGGUCACCCAGCAGAACCUAAAAAUGGCAUGGAGGGUCCCCAUGGGCCUCGUGGCUUCCCUGGUCCGGUGGGUCAAACUGGUAUGGUUGGGAUUGCGGGCGUGCCGGGAUUUUGCGAGGCGCGGGACUGCAGCAUUCACGCACCGGUGAUGCGCAAAGAACAGGGUCUGGUAAAAGGACCUGGAAGUUCAAAAAUCUGAACCUCAACACGAGGGAGAAGGACCGCUAUGAGAUUAUACCGCUUCUGAAAAUCACUGUGGAAUCAACUUCAGUGCUCAUCUCAGACAACACAAGAACUGGGUUUAAUUGGAGAAAAUUCUAUUCUAUACAUUUGUGACUGGUUUGUACAAGAAGUGAAAAUCGGACAAAAUCUAGCAAUGUUGGGAGCUCUGCUAAGCCACCCACCUGAGCCAGACAAGGCUCCCAGGGAACAUUUGACAUUUUAGAAGGUUUAUACAUAGUAAAUAUCCAAACUCUGCUUCAAUUUUUAUUGAACAAAUUUAGUUGAACGUUUUGUAAUUUGAAGAAACACGAGUAAAUUGUCCCCUAUGAUUCCCUCCUUUGGUUUAGUUAUUUUAUUCUGUGACCCCUAAAAAGAUAAAUGAUGUUAUGUACAUAUUUUGUAAAGAAUCCUAAAUACAUGUACUGUGCUCAGAAAUAAGUUUCAGAUAAACUGAUUUUUUUUUUAA